ACGUAGAUCAGUCGGUAUAAAGCAGUCACCUACAUACUUUCGGCAGGUGAACAUUCCAUAGCAUAAACUUGUUGGAAUUAUUUCAAUAUUUAACUAAGGAUUAACUUAUGGUACAUACUUCUGAUAGUGAAUUGUGUGAAAAUAUUUUUAGACCGUAUAUUUUGUUGUGUGGUAUGCACUGAGGUUUAUCAAAGUUACUGUGAAAUCGGUAAAUUUGUAUUUGUGGCGAGAAUCAUUCUGUGUUAUCUUUAUACGUUCACUUUACGGUUUUGUUUUGUGAUAAGAAUUAGAAAACAAGAAUUGUGAGUUCCUUCAGAAAGUGUCUAGUAGAAUUUCUAGUAAUCUUUAAAAAUAUGGAAUUACGAAUAAUAAUUGGAGUGAUGAUUGGUUUGAUCGCCUGUUCCGUACAUGUUCAGGGGCUUUCUAUAGACACAACAACAAUUCCAGAGAGUAUAACCAAUACUCCAGGAAACUUGGCACAAAACACUACCAAAGAUGAUGAGGCCAGACGCGCGCAGGAGCCACCAUUAAUAUUUCCAAGUGAUCCUGGUCAAUAUAAGGUUUUAGAGCUCAAUGAUGCUUCAUCGAAUAAUGAAACAGCGAUUAAAAUAUUGUUGUCAAAAGUCAGGCAAGAACACGGGGAAGAGGUGGAGCCCGAAAAUACAGUUACUAAGGAACUCGAUAAGUUAGUUACUAUUAGUACUACACCUAAACCUGCUCAUGUUGAACCUACGGAAUCGGAUGUAGAGGAGGUUGAUGAAAAUUUGAAAAAUGAAGUUGAGGAAAUUCAAAAGCCAGAAGAGGAAGCUGGACUUGAAGAACUAUAUCAUAAACAGGCGAGUUCGAAUCUACAAGUUAAUCAAGAAUUUGCCGAAGAUAUCGAAACAAAUAGUAACAAUCUUCAUGGAGGCCACAUUACCGCCAUAUUUGCUGGCGUUUUAGCUGUUGUUUGUAUUGCCAUUUACGUAGGUCUUAUUUCAUGGCGAUCAUAUUUAGAAAAAAGAUACGGCAUGCGAGAACAGCUUGUUACGGAAGAUGACUAUUAUAAUAAUAACGAUAUUAGACAUUUUGCUUUAUAAACAUCAUGUGGAAAAGCCAAGAUCGUUUGUUAAUUUCCACACCGUGCCGACGCUGAAAUUAGAUAGUGCCAUUAUAUCUUCUAAAAAUACCAAUAAUGCAAUGUUAUAUUUUAGUUUUUUUUAACGCUAAAAUUUAUCCAAGCACCAAGAAAAUUUUGUAUCAAAAAUCUAUAUAACAUAUGCAUGUAUCUUUAUGUUUCAAUUGCGUUUACAACAUAAUUUUGACAUUCGACUUGUGUAUUGUCUUAGUAAAUACGUUUUAUGAUAAAAUUUAUAUGCCCACUUGGCUGUGAUAUGUAUAUCAAAUUGUAUUUUUAUGAAUAUAAAAACUGGAUGUAUAUUUUUAUUAAAUUGUUAUAUUGAGAAUAUAUUAAAAACUUA